AUGCCACAUCCGCACACAUUCGAGAUUUCCGUUUUUUUCUCUCUCGUCUGGGUCUUCUCGGACGCCCAGGACGCCCCGUGGACCAAUCGGAUUAAGGCACCGCGCUUACACCCGUGCCUCUAUAUUCCCCGCUUUGCCCAGCUGCUGGAGUUUGGUGAGAAGAACCACGAAGUUUCCAUGACAGCCAUGCGACUCGUGCAGAGGAUGAAGAGAGACUGGAUGCACACGGGGAGAAGGCCGUCGGGACUCUGCGGAGCAGCUCUUCUUGUAGCUGCUCGUUUACACGACUUUUGCCGCACCGUCAAAGAAAUUGUCAACGUGGUGAAAGUGUGUGAAAACACACUAAGAAAAAGGCUGACAGAGUUUGAAGACACACCCACUAGCCAGCUGACGAUUGAAGAGUUCAUGAAGGUAGAUCUGGACCAGGAGUGUGACCCGCCUUGCUUUACGGCAGGACUGCUGAAGAAAAAAAACCAACAGUUGGAGAUGGAGCUGAAGAAAAAGAUUGGUGACGUUGAAGAUGAAAUCCAAGAGUACCAGGAUGAAAUAGAUGCCGAGCUGGAGAGCAGAAGACCAAAACUGAGAGGAGUGUAUGCUGCUUAUGCUAACGAAGGCUAUGAUUCCAAGUUCUUGUCAUUCAUAUAA